GGGGGCGUCGCGGGCCGGCCUGCCCUAUAAGGGGCCGAGCCGCCUCUGCCUCCGGGCGGGUGCCUGGCGGGCCGCGGCGGCGGCAGCGGCGGCGGCGGCGGCGGCUGCGAUUGGCUCAGGCGCCCCAUCCGGGGACUGGGCUCGGCGCUGCUCGUUCGCCCUAAAGGUACCAAUAUGGCGGAGGCUUCCUUUGGAAGUUCGAGCCCAGUUGGGUCGUUGUCAUCUGAGGACCAUGACUUUGACCCCACUGCGGAGAUGCUAGUGCAUGACUACGAUGACGAAAGAACUCUAGAGGAAGAGGAGUUGAUGGAUGACGGGAAAAACUUCAGCUCUGAAAUUGAAGACUUAGAAAAGGAAGGCGCUAUGCCCCUAGAAGACCUAUUGGCAUUCUACGGCUAUGAAUCUACACUUCCAACGGUUGCGAAUCCCAGUGCAAACAGCUCCCCAAGCGAACUUGCAGACGAGCUACCAGAUAUGACUCUAGACAAAGAAGAAAUAGCAAAAGACCUGUUGUCGGGCGAUGACGAGGAAACCCAGUCUUCUGCUGAUGACCUGACACCAUCGGUGACUUCUCAUGAAACUUCGGAGUUCUUCCCCCGGCCUUUACGAUCAAAUACUACAUGUGAUGGAGACAAGGAGUCAGAGGUUGAAGACGUUGAAACGGACAGUGGUAACUCACCUGAAGAUUUGAGAAGGGAAAUAAUGAUUGGUCUAGAGUAUCAGGCAGAAAUUCCCCCUUACCUUGGCGAGUACAAUGGUGACGACGAGAAAGCUUAUGAAAAUGAAGACCAGUUACUUUGGCAUCCUGGUGUGCUUUUGGAGAGCAAAGUCAAGGAGUACCUUAUUGAGACCUCAUUAAGAACUGGAAAUGAAAAAGCCCUAGACAGAAUUCCUUCAGGCACACACACCAGGGAUAAUGAACAGGCAUUAUAUGAACUUCUCAAGUGUAACCACAAUAUAAAGGAGGCAAUUGAAAGGUACUGCUCUAAUGGAAAGGCAUCUCAAGAAGGAAUGACAGCAUGGACAGAAGAGGAGUGCCGAAGCUUUGAACACGCACUGAUGCUUCAUGGAAAAGAUUUUCAUCUCAUUCAGAAAGAUAAGGUGAGAUCUAGAACUGUUGCUGAGUGUGUAGCCUUCUACUACAUGUGGAAGAAAUCAGAACGCUAUGAUUACUUUGCUCAACAGACAAAAUUUGGAAAGAAACGCUAUAACCAUCACCCUGGCGUUACGGACUAUAUGGAUCGUCUCGUAGAUGAAGCAGAGUCUCAGGGUGGCACGGUCAGUUCUUCAGCCUUAGCUUCUAACCGUCCUGAGCCCAUUCCUGAUCAGCCGCUGAACAUUCUCAGCUCUUUCACUGCCAGUGACCUGACGGCUUUGACCAACAGUGUAGCAACUGUCUGCAACCCCACAGAUGUGAAUUGUCUGGAUGAUAGCUUUCCUCCGCUGGCAAACACGCCUCGUGGACACGUCAAUCAUGUGCCUGUCGUAACGGAAGAGUUACUCACCCUGCCCAGCAAUGGUGAAAGUGAUUGUUUUAAUUUAUUUGAGACUGGAUUUUAUCACUCAGAGUUAAACCCCAUGUGCAGCGAAGAAUCAGAAAGACCAGCAAAGAGAUUGAAGAUGGGCAUUGCUGUCCCUGAAUCCUUUAUGAAUGAGGUUUCUGUAAAUAACCUGGGUGUAGACUUUGAAAAUCAUACACAUCACAUCACCAGUGCCAAAAUGGCUGUCUCUGUGGCUGACUUUGGCAGUUUGUCUGCCAGUGAGACAAACGGAUUCAUCAAUGCCCAUACUCUGCAUCAGCACCAGCACGCCGCCCUUCAUUCAGAGUGACGGGAAGGGGAGCCCAGAGACAACGGGUGUGCAGUACCAGUAAACUUGAGGGAGCUCUCGGGUUUGCUUAGUCUUUCACUGGAAGUUUGAACCGUUUUCACUAUGACAUCAGUGAUGUCAGUAUGUAUAGAACUAUAUCUUGAUUUAUCAAGAGUAUUUUCAUUUUUCAAUCCAUAAAUGUGGAAAUGAACUAUGAUCCGCAGAGUUGGGAACUAAGAUGGAGCUCUGUGGUGCAGCUUUAAGCUCUGCUUCUCCUCCUCAUCCCUUAAUACCUCUUCCACGUCCUCCUUUUUCUGUUCCCGUUGCCCUCACCCCAGAUUUAAAACCUGUAGACAGAGGCCACCAGCUCAAACCAGCACAGAUGUUCAGAACUGAUGUGGCUUCUUUUCAUGUCAGCUCCUUUUGCCGUAACGGAUGCAGUGGAAUCAAUGUUUACAGGUACCAACCCCGAUCCCUGCUCAAUGUAGCAUUUUUUUUUUUUUUUGGUUUUAUUUUCUUUGUUAAUAAAAGCAGGGGUAGGUUUCUUUAAACUGCACAAACAUGCAAGGAUUUUUUUUAAAAAACAGAAACUUCUCUCAUGUUAUUCAACUAGAGCACUUCAGUUUACAAAACAGCAAGACCAUCUGUCUGGAAGCCAGCACGAGGAACUGUGUGCAAAUGAUGAAGACGCUUGCUUGGAUCCUGUUUCAAAAUUCUAGACCAGGGCUACCUUACACAGAAUUGGUCAUUGUUCUGCCGGGAGGGAGACUUCUGUGUAAACUUUUCUUUUCUUUUCUUUUUUUUUUUUUUUUAACAAAAAAAAUUGGCAUUUGAAGAUGUGGUAUUCAUAUGGGGUUUUGUCCACCAUUGUCAAGAUUGUAAUAUUAAAAAUCAUACUGGUCACUGGUAAUUUAGUUUGUUCCGAGGCAGUUGACUUGCAGAGGCACAGUCUACAAAGCCCAGGAAGUUGCCACAGUGGUUUACAUUUUGGGACACCUCUUGGAGCACUGCAGUUCAAAGUGUUAAUAUACUUAGACUUCUAGAUGGUCUACAUCAUGCAGAACCUUGAAGUAUACCUAAGCUAUUUUGUUUAGCUCGAAUAGUUGGAAAGAAAACUGAGUUUCUGUCUGAAGUAGAAUGGUACGUUACCACUGUAAAGUUUUAAAAAGUGACAGAUGUUCACAUGCAUCUCAGAUGUGAUUUUACUUUUAUUCCAAACGUGAAUAAGAAGCCAUUGUCAUAGCUUUGACCAUUUUUGCUUUAUUAGAUAUGCUCCUUUUAAGUUUUAAGGUGAGUCAAACUAUACAAUACAGUAUUAGGAUAUAAGCUUUGCUUUUAUAGUACAGUUAAAACAAUUACUUUUGCACCGUCUUAAUUAAAUAUUUUGAUUUAUUUUUUAAUUUUUUUUAUUUUACUAGUCGUGUUGCUGUUUGUAAGUGUAAGUCGCUUCAAGGUUGUGCUGAGUAGGUAGGAGGUAGUGGUCCUAGUGAUUGGAAGGGAGGGUAUUUAUUACACAAACUGUGAACUGCAAUGACAUCCUUGGUUUUGGAUGGUGUGUAUUGUUUUCCUUUGCAGCAUUUUAAUGAAGAUUGCUUUGAAGUGUUUACACAGUAGCACAUUAACUAUAAAAUUUAGUUUAGCACAGAGGACAAAGGGUAGUUAAAUUAAUAACUUAAAAUCAGUCUUUAACUUAUACAGCUAAAAUUUAAUAUUCCUGUAUGCACACAGUAAACAAUGGGUAGCCCGGACUCCAUGUUGCUUUCUAAUACUCUCCAAGUGGUUAGUUAGCUUUUUAUUGCUGUGCUGUGCUAAACUUUGAACCUUAUUUUUUUUUUUUUUUGUUCCCUUCAGUAUACUUUCUUUAAUGUAGGAGGAUACUGGGCAUAUUCUUGCAUUGUUAUAACUAUAUUUUUCACUCUGGGUUUACAGUGGCUGGUCUGUAUAAAUAAUUUACACAAAGAUGACUGAAUGCUAAUACCAGUUGCACUUAAAUGAAAAUGCCCAUUCUCAUUAGCUGACACAGUUUAUCUAUGCAUUGCUGGGGUCUUGAUAUAAGAUGGAAACAGUGUUUCUUAUCUAGAGUUUUGAUUAUCAGCAAGUUGAAUGGACACUUUAGUUAUUUAAAUAGAGUUUUGACCAAAAUCCAGAAAAAUGAUAUGAGAGAAAUAAAUUCCAGCUAGUUUAACAGAUUUUUAAAUGCUAACCGGAUUUUAGCCUCUUAGAGAGUGCUACCUAGCUGGUAACGUUUACUUUUAAUUCCUUGUUAAAAUGAGGCAAUAAUUUGCAAGAUUUUUGUAUAUAUGUGUACAGUAAAUUCUUCAUAUCUUUUUAGACCUAAUUCAAUAUUUUCUGACUGCUCCUGUCAUGUAUGAUACAUUUUUGUGCAUGCCUGAUGUGACAUUCAUAAAUUGUACCACUAUGACUUUAUCCAUGUAAAAUAGCUAUUUAUUGAAUUUUCUUCCAACAGCUGGACUUAUUUUUUUGUCUCCAUUUAAACAUCUUAGCAGAGAAUUUGUUACUGUUUAUUAAAAGAAUUGAGUUUGAAAGCAUAAAAAAAAUCUGCUUCGCAAUCGUAUGAAGAAAAACAUGCCUUUAUUAUCACGUGUUAAUAAGCACAAUUCUUAUAGCAAACGGUGAUGAAUUCUUUGUUUCUUUCAUUUGCCGCAAUAUUUUCAUAUGAACAAACCAAAAAUCCAUGGUGAGCAGUGGCGGUGUUGGCUGGCCCAUCCUGUGUGUCCAGGGAACUCCAGAGGAUGUGGACAUUGACGAGUGUAACCUGGUGCUGUGACUGGAGCAAUACUUUUGUCACUUGUGCUUCGCCGUGCUAUGCCGGCCUUUUAAAUGUUUAGUUUUCCUCUUGUCAUGGUCAACUGCUGAAUUUACUUGAAGGAUGUAGAAUACUAUUUAAAAAAAACAAAAAACAAAAAAAAAAAACAAAAAAAACCCUAAAGUAUGUACAAUUAGGUCAAAGAAUUGUGCAAUCGUUUCCUUUUUAAUUUUUAAAAUUGAAGGUCACAAAUAUUUGAGAUCAGACCUAAUAGAGUAGUCGUACUAUUUAAUUUAACCAAAGUCUAGUAAAUACUUCAACCUUGAAUGUAAACUAACAACCCGACCACCAAGGAGAUUGUUUGCCCAGAGUUUCAAAGCACAUUGUCUACGAAUGGAAAUUGAAAUAAUUUAUAAAAUAUUGACAUUACUAUGUUUUUUAAAAAGUUCCUAAUUUUUUCACUAAAAGGAGGGAAACUAUUAGUUUUAUUGUUAAAUAUGGUAGAUAAUAAUAUUCCUCUUAGAUGACCAGUGAUUGCAAUUGUCCCAGUUUGAACUAAGUACCCUGUGAGUAUGAGGAACUAGUGACAAUCAGAACAAGUUUUAGUAUCCAAUGUUCAAGAGGAAGUUGCUAUUGUUGCAUUGAUUUUAAUAUUUGUACAUAAACACUGAUUUUUUGAGCAUUAUUUUGUAUUUGUUGUACUUUAAUACCUGGUGUACAGUUCCAGAAAUAAAAAUCUGGAAAUCUGUU